GGGGGGCCGCAGAGAAAGAAACGCCAAGCCGCCAACUUAUCUCCCCCCUUUCCCCCCCCUUUUCUCUGACAUUUCCCGUCGUCUUUUUUUUUUAGCCGUCUUUUGGUUAGAAGCUGGUUUUGGCCCCCCCCAAAAAAUUGUUUUAAUGUUUGGGAUUCAGGAAAAUAUACCACGAGGUGGGACGACCAUGAAAGAAGAACCGCUGGGCAGUGGAAUGAACCCCGUCCGAUCAUGGAUGCAUACCGCCGGGGUUGUGGAUGCUAACACAGCCGCGCAAAGCGGCGUUGGGUUGGCUCGGGCACAUUUCGAGAAACAGCCGCCUUCCAAUCUCAGAAAAUCCAAUUUUUUCCACUUCGUCUUAGCUCUGUACGACAGGCAGGGACAGCCAGUCGAGAUUGAAAGGACAGCUUUUGUGGACUUUGUGGAAAAAGAUAAAGAGCCAAACAAUGAAAAAACUAACAAUGGGAUUCACUAUAAACUCCAGUUAUUGUAUAGUAAUGGGGUUAGAACGGAACAGGAUUUGUAUGUUCGGCUAAUAGAUUCCAUGACAAAACAGGCGAUUGUCUAUGAAGGACAAGACAAAAACCCUGAGAUGUGUCGGGUGCUCCUGACCCACGAAAUCAUGUGCAGCCGGUGCUGUGACAAGAAAAGUUGUGGCAACAGAAAUGAAACACCUUCAGAUCCUGUUAUCAUUGACAG